AUGAACUCGCCACGAAGUACCCAGAAAAUAACUGAUAAAGUUGAACCAAAAAAUGAAUUCCUUAAACACGGUGAUAUUAAAUCUUAUUUUAAACCCUGGACCGAUAAAUACAAAUUACGUGCCUUCUCGUUAGACCACGCGAAACGUUCGGAAUCAAAUCCAACUACUGUAAUCUGGGAACCUGCCACUUCACAUGGAUUGGCUUCAGCGAUCAUUCAUGCUUACACCCUUCACCAACAUCUUCGAUUCUCACCAGAUGACGUGUGGUUAACAAUCGCACAAGGUGUCAGUAAUCACAUUUGGAAUAAUGCUGAAAGUUUUCGUUACUUGUUCGUCGAUCAUGAAGGUCAGGAAGAAGUCUUUAUAGAUGCUCAAGACAUUAUAGGAUAUAUCAACGGUAAUUUUUUCGGUGAUUGGCCGAAAGCGAUAGCUAGACUUUCUGAUUCUACUGAUCAACGAGUUAAAAAAGUUGGUUUAAAACAACUUCUCGAAUGUGAUUUCUCUACUUCAACAAGUGUAUCCAUCACCGCUAGUCAAAUUAUAUUAUUGGAUUCGAUGAAAAAAUAUUUCAGGUAUAGUAUGCGUGGUGGUUGUGGUAUUCCAAAGGUUACACUUGAUGGCACCUUGGAAGAUUGGUUACACCUUCAAGAAAAGGUCGCAAAACUUCGUGGGUUAGUAUUGAACCUUGAUUUUUGGUUGGACAGACUGGAACCGGUGGUGGCUCAAUUCAUUUCCACUUAUAAAGGAAACGUUGAUGAUGACUUUUGGAGCAUGAUUAUUUACCAGGUUCCUUACGGUAGUGGCACGCUGACUCCUUGCUGGAAUGGAUGGGUGUGCGCUUUGUUUCCGUAUAAUGAAUCAAGAUAUAAACUUACCAAAAAUUCUAUGGUUCCUUCCUCUAUACCUUCUGGAUUGGUGAACGUUCCAUUUAAAAUGAGUAUUGAAAAAGAAGAUUUCAAAUUGAGUUUCUCUGCGGGUUUUUUGGGUGCUAGACAAGAUAAGAUUAACGAUGAGUAUGUCGUUUCACCUGUUAUUGGUUGGUAUAUUAGUGAUGCUUAA